GGCGGGACUGCGGGCUGGUGGUAGCCUCUGCGUCCGACUGGGGCCGUGCAGUGACCCCGGCGCAGACCGGCUUGGGGCGACGCCGGCGUGUGUACGAACCAGCUCCGGAGCCGGGUACGGGGGGAGGCUCGGAAGGACUGUCCUGCUGCGCAGGCGUCGAUUCCGGUCCAGGUGCGGGGCCCUUCUCAUCCAGCACGUGCAUGGCUUUGUUGCCUGUCAGCCUGUGAGGACCAAGCCAGGAGCACGAACAGCUCAGUGGGUGCCCAGCAGUCACUCCCAGACCACAGGUGUACCCUCAUGAAGGAAGUCACAUCCCUGUGUGACCCCGCCCCUGUGGCGUCCUUGGCUCUGAUCCAGUGUCUGGCUGAUGUCAGUGACCUGGCUCAUGAGCGGUGGAGAAAUUGAAAGUGCCAUGGGUCUCAGGAACAAGAAGACUUGUGUGAGAUAAGAAAGAAGAGGCCUCAGGACUUGGGGUGCAUUCACAUCUUUGACCAGAGGUUCAGAGCAUCAGGACAGAGAGAAGUCACAGAGAGAGCAGGUUUCCCAGGACUGGGGGAAAAUGUUCAAGUCACAGAUAUCGUUUGAAGAUGUGGCUGUGAAUUUCACAUUGGAGGAGUGGCAGCUGCUUAAUCCUACUCAGAAGACCUUGUACAGAGACGUGAUGUUGGAGAACUAUAGCAAUCUAGUUUUAUUGGGUUAUCAAGUUAUCAAACCUGAGAUGAUCUUCAAGCUGGAGCAAGAAAAGCCAUGGUUAUUAGAUGAAGAAAUCCUAAGUCAAAACUUCUCAGAAAAAGUCUGGCUAGAUAAUGAUCUCAGAAUGUGGCACCGGGAUAAUCAAGACAAGCUUAAAAGUUUGGAGAGAGGCCAUGAAUAUGACAUCUUUGAGAGAAUGUUUCAUUUAGGCAUUAACUUUGAUCAUUUAGGAAUGAGAUCCCAUAAAUAUGGCACAGGUGAAAAAAGUUUGAAACAUCCUUUUGAUUUUCUUAUUCCAAAAAGUAACUGUGAAAGAAAGAAACUUGAUGAACUUAAUAGGAAAUUAUUAUUUUGUAUUAAACCUGCCAGAAUUUAUGGUGGAAUAAAAUACUCUGAUGGCAAUACAUGUACAACAGUCAUCAGUAAAGAGCCAGGACUCAUUAUGAACCAUAUACCACUCACAGGAGUCUGUUUGUGCAUGGAAUGUGGCAAGGUUUUUAAUAAAAAGUCACAGCUCAUUAUACAUCAAAGAACUCAUACAGGAGAGAAGCCCUAUGGAUGCCAGGACUGUGGGAAAGCUUUCUCCCAGAAGUCAUUGCUCACUAUUCAUCAAAGGACGCAUUCAGGAGAAAAACCAUAUGGGUGUGGGGAAUGUCAGAAAGCUUUCAGUAGGAAGUCACUGCUCAUUUUACAUCAGAGAACUCACACAGGAGAGAAGCCCUAUGGCUGUGGUGACUGCGGGAAAGCCUUCAGCAGGAAGUCACAGCUUAAAAGACAUCAGAUAACCCAUACGAUAGAGAAACCCUAUGGCUGCAGUGAGUGUGGGAAAGUCUUCUCCCAGAAAUUAAAGCUCAUUACACAUCAGAGGACACACACAGGAGAGAAGCCCUACAGAUGUAGUGAUUGUGGAAAAGCCUUCUUUUGGAAGUCACAGCUUAUUACUCAUCAGAGGGUUCAUACGGGGAAGAAGCCAUAUGCAUGUAGUGAGUGUAAAAAAGCCUUCAGCAGGAACUCACUCCUCAUUAGGCAUCAGAGGAUCCAUACAGGAGAGAAACCCUAUGAAUGCAGUGAAUGUGGUGAAGCCUUCAUCAGAAAACCACAACUUGUUAAACAUCAAAUGACUCAUACAGGAGAGAAGAACUAUCAGUGCAGUAAUUGUGAGGAAGCCUUCUUUAAGAAGUCAGAACUAAUUAAACAUCAAAAAGUUCAUUUAGGAGAAAAACCCUAUGGAUGUGUUGAAUGUGGCAAAACUUUCUUUGGAAAGUCACAGCUCCUGACACAUCAAAGAACUCACACUGGAGAGAAACCUUAUGAAUGUAGUGCCUGUGGGAAAGCCUUCACCCAGAAGUCCAGCCUGGUGUCCCAUCAGAGGACACAUACAGGGGAGAAACCUUAUGAAUGCAGUGAAUGUGGGAAAACCUUCAGUGAGAAGUCAAGUCUCAUUCACCAUCAGAGAACCCAUACUGGAGAAAAACCGUUUGAAUGUGGUGAGUGUAGGAAAGCUUUUGCCUGGAAGCCACAGCUUCUUAGGCAUCAGAGAAUUCAUACAGGGGAGAAACCCUAUGAAUGCAGUGAAUGUGGAAAGGCAUUUGUUCAGAAAGUACAGCUCAUUAAACAUCAGAGAAAUCAUACAGGAGAGAAGACCUAUGGAUGCAACGAUUGUGCAAAAGCUUUCUUUGAGAAGGCACAGCUCAUUAUACAUCAGAGAAUUCAUACAGGAGAGAGACCCUAUAAAUGUGAGGAAUGUGGGAAGUCUUUCACUAGGAAGUCACACCUUAUGAGGCAUCAGAGGAUCCAUACAGGGGAUAAGUACUAUGGAUGCAGUGAAUGUGGGACUGUCUUCCACAGAAAGGCUCAGCUCCUGAUUCAUCAGAGAAGUCAUGUGCUGUAGACAUGGGGUGAGUGUGGGGAGUCUGCCAUCAGAUGGCAGGCCCCUGACACUCCAAGGACAUGUAUGGGAGAGAAACUCUGUCACUGCAGUGACAGUCUCACCACAUAGAGUUUAGAAAGAGAACCUUUUUUUGUUAAGUAGAUGAUAUAGGAAAGUCUCCUCCCAGGAAACACAACUUGUGACUUAUCGAUGGCUCCUCAGUGUGGAACUCUUAUCAGUAUUUUGAUAAGUAUAGACCUUUCAGUCAAAAGUGCUGGGCUAUUAAAUUUUAGAAGACUGAAACAGGAGAAAAACUCAAUUGUUGUAACAAGUGAGUGAAAAUUUCAUUGGGAAAUGGUAGCUCAGAGUACACUAGAGAAUACAUACCCAAAGGAAAUAACUGAGUAUUAUAUACUAGAGGUCUCAUGCAGAGGAGUAGUCCUAGUACUUUGAAGAAUUUGAUAAGCAUGAUCCCUGUUGAAAUAAUUCUUUAAGGAGGUUAUGUUUACUGUAUGUAAGUUAUUGUAAGAAAAUAGGCAUUUUAAAGUGGUAGCUGUGUUUGAAGUGUGAAGACUUCUGCUUUCUGCUAGGGUGGUAAAAUAAGAACCACAUAAAUUCUCCUGCUUUAAACAGCUAGAAACUACCAUUUAUGAAAUAGUGGUUUUUAGACGUAUGUCAAGUGCAAGUUUAUGAUCCCUGGCAGGAGGUGGACAAAGUGAGGACAGCCCCAUGACUGCCCGGCCUACUCCCUGGGGGCAUUGUCAAGGCUGCAGGUCAGGGAGUUGAAUGAACAUGGUCUUGCUGAACUGAAGAGGGUUUCUGAGUUGGCAUUUGAGGAGCCUCGGUAGCUAGAACUUGCAGAUGAAGGGUGCUGGGUAAGAAGGAGCUUCCCAGAGAGGAGGCUGCAUAAAUCCUCAGUGAGUCCCUCUUGAGUAUUUGGCUUUAGUCCUUAUUUGCCUGUGUGUGGAAGAAAACUGAGACUCUGAGAGCAGCUGCGCAGCAGGGAGCUGAACAAGCCCUGGGGCUUAGCAUAGGCUGGCACAGUCUGUGUUCCCACCAGCCACUUGGAGGCAGCGUUUUGCACAGGGUCAUCAAGGGGAGUUCCCAGAACAGUGUUGUCUUGGGGAGGGUGGAGAGUCACUUAACCUAGAUUAAAAGCUACUCUGGACCCGCAGUGUCUGACAUUCAGAAACUUACCUGGAGCACCAAGAGGCAGGAACAUAUGACUUGUAACUACAAGAAAAAUCAGUCAAUAUAAAGAGGAAAGACUGAAUUGAUGGGAAUUAGUAGACAAGUAUGUUCACAUAGCUAUUGUAAGUAUAAAGUAGAAGAAAACAUGAAUUUGAUGAAACCCGAAGUGUAAGAUAUACUUUUAAAAGCUCAAAUGGAACUUCUCAGGUUGAAAACAACUCUGAAAAAUAAAAAAAAUAAAAAAAACCCAAAUGGAAUUAAGAACAUAUUAGACAUAGAAGAAGGAAAGAAAUCAAUGGAUUUGAAGAGUAAGAAUGAAAAUUAUCAAAUGAUAUACACAGAGAAAAACACUGUGGGGGGAAAAGGAGCACAGGAAAUUAGUUAAAGUGGUGUAAUAUACAUGUAAUGGAAGGUCUAGAGGAGAGAAGUGAGAGGGGGCAGAAAAGGGAUUUGAAUAAAUGACGGCUGAAAAAUACCCACAUAUGAUGAAAAGUAUAAACGCACAUAUUCAAGAAGUUCAAAGAACCCAACACAGAAGAAACAUAAAGAUGCCAAUGAACAUCACAGUCAGUUGAUGAAAACUGAAGUUAAAGAGAACAAUUGUUAGGAAUUCCCUGGUGGCCCAGUGGCUGGGAGUCUGCCUUCCAAUUCAGGGAGUGAAGUUUCGAUCCCUUGUUGGGAAACUGAGAUCCCCCAUGAUGUGUGGCACAGUCAAAAAAAAAUUUUUUUUUAAUUGAACAAUUGUAAAAUGCCUGGGGAAGAAAGGACAAGACACACCCACAGAGCAAAGAAUAACAAGAUACUUCUGGUCAGAAACUAUGCAAACCUAUAGGACAGCAGAGUGACACUGUUAAAUUACAAAAGAAAAUAAAGAACCUCCCCUGCCCCACAGCCUGGAGUUCAAUUGCCUGUCAAAAACAUCUUUCAAAAAUGAAAGCAAAAAGGACUUCAAAAAAGCAAAAUCAGAGAGAGUUCCUGCCUUCAGGAAACACUGAAGGAAGUUUGGGGACAGCAGGAGAACACUCUGGAAAUGAAAGGUUCUGGAAAUGGUGAAUGCAUGGGUGAAUAUGAAACAUUUUUUUCUUUACUUUAAAAUUCUUUAAAAAGGUAAUGAACUGCUUAAAAACCAAAGUAAUGACAGUGUACUUUGGGUUAAGAUCUACUUAGAAGUGAAGUGCUACAGUAGUACUUAAGUACGAAUCUAUAAAGAUAGUUGAAGAGACUUGUGUUGUCUGAGUCAGAGAUGUGGGAUGACUUGUAUCUAUAGCAGCUACAUGAUGAAAAGUGUCUGUAUUAUGGAUCUGUACAUGUGCUCAUGUUCUGAGUGUUCUCCAUGUCCACACCAUUUUCCUCCUUUCUCUGUGUGCCCAGAGGGAGUGCACUGCUCCCUAGGAUUUCUGCUUAGGUUUGGACAGGCGAGGUCUGUGUCACCCCUGCCUCUGUCCUGCUGGCACACAUCUGGGGGUGUCUGUCCAUGUGGCUGAAGCUCCCAUGUUCACCACAGACCCUCCCCCUGCUCAUCAGACAUAAGGGUGUUAACUCUUCUGGGGGCUUCACCAUCCCUGGUUGAUUUUCUUAAUUCUGGACACAAUUCUGUAAAUAGUCUGUUUAUUAAAUACUCUUGAGUUAAUAAUUUUGAGUAUAAUGUUUGUUACAAAUGAUGAACGUUUGACCACAUUUUGAGUAUCAGUUACUGGUCCAUGGGGCAUAGGCUGACAUCUGUUGAGAUUCCUCACACUCAAGAUCAGUAUUUUCUCUUUGUGUUUUAAUAAUUCAGUAAAAAUUAUGAAUUCUUUAUGUGUUUUGUUUUGCUGCAAACAUAAAUGACUCUGGAGAUUGUUACCAUCUGCUCCAUAUGCUGGUGGUCUUGCAGCGAUAGACUGAAACAUCAUGAGGUCUUUGUGCUACCUCUGGGUUGGUUGACCUUACAAGAAAGCAUUAUUAUUUUUGUUAAAUAUGUAUGGACAAGAAAAAGGUAACCCAUUACUGAGUGAAGAAAGAAAGGAAUGAUGUACUAUACUUCCCUGUACUCAUUUUAAAAACUUGUGCUGUGCAAUUAAAAUACUCUUAUUCCA